AUGUAGAGUAAUAUCAAUGGUUUACUAAAUGAUUUGGACUAAUAUUUUGAAACGAUGUAGAGAUAUAUGUUUAACUUGACAUUCCUCAAUUAAAUCUAAAGGAAUUACAAUAUUAUUUAUCAAGUAAUCCUACAACUUACUAGCCAGCAAACAUAUCUCUAAAGAUUAGAGAUAUAUAUGAUGGGUAUCAAAUUUAGGAUCAAAUUGCUCAUGGAGGAUAUGGCUCAGUCUUCAAUGCAAAAGAUAAAAAUCAGAAAAAAGUUGCUUUUAAGUAACAAGAUCUCUCUAUUUUAAAUUUUCGCAAAGACUAAGAUCUUUCUAUUGAAGUACUUAGAAUUAUGA